AUGGGCCGUGACGUUCAAAAUCACCUCCUCUUUGAAGUUGCCACAGAAGUGGCCAACCGUGUUGGCGGUAUCUACUCCGUCAUCAAAUCAAAGGCUCCCGUUACUACAAAGGAAUACAGAGACCGCUACUGCCUCAUUGGCCCUCUCAAUAGAAAAUCCGCCUCCAUCGAGGUAGAGGAGUUGACUCCUUCUAACCCUCACAUUGCUUCUGCCCUCAAGGCCAUGUCUGACCGUGGUAUCCGUUACCUCUAUGGCAGAUGGCUCAUUGACGGUGCCCCCCGUGUCCUCCUCUUUGACAUUGGCUCCGCUUCUCACCACCUCACUGAGUGGAAAUCUGACCUUUGGUCCGUCGCUGGUAUCCCAUCCCCAGAAGGUGAUACUGAAGCAAACGAUGCUAUCCUCCUCGGCUACAUUGUUGCUUGGUUCCUUGGCGAAUAUGUCGCUCAUGAUAAGGACCACGCAGUCAUUGCCCACUUCCACGAAUGGCUCGCCGGUGUCGCUCUUCCUCUCUGCAGAAAGCGCCGUAUUGACGUGACCACCAUCUUCACUACUCACGCCACUCUUCUCGGAAGAUACCUCUGUGCCGGCUCCGUCGACUUUUACAAUAAUCUUCAAUGGUUUGAUGUUGAUGCAGAAGCUGGAAAGAGAGGUAUUUACCACAGAUACUGCAUGGAACGUAGCGCUGCCCACUCUGCUGAUGUCUUCACCACUGUUUCCCACAUCACUGCUUAUGAGGCUGAACACUUGCUCAAGCGUAAGCCCGACGGUGUCCUACCCAAUGGCCUCAACGUUGUCAAGUUCUCCGCAGUUCACGAGUUUCAAAACCUCCACGCUAUCAAGAAGGAAAAAAUCAAUGAGUUUGUUCGCGGCCAUUUUUACGGCCACUACGACUUUGAUCUCGACAAUACCCUCUAUUUCUUCAUUGCUGGCCGCUAUGAAUAUAGAAAUAAAGGUGCUGACAUGUUUAUCGAAGCUCUUGCUCGUCUCAAUCACAAGCUUAAAACUGCCCACUCAAACAAAACUGUCGUCGCUUUCAUCAUUAUGCCUGCUGCUACCCACAGUUACACUAAUGAAACCUUGAAGGGUCAGGCUGUUAUCAAGGCCCUCUCAGACUCAGUCAAGGAAAUUCAGCAAAGCAUUGGUAAGCGUCUCUUUGACUUUUGUGCAAGACAAAAUGAGUCCCACGAGCUCCCCAACCUUGAGCAGCUCCUCACCUCCUCCGAUAAGGUCCUUUUGAAGAGACGUGUCAAUGCUCUUAAGCGCAACUCCUUGCCCCCCAUUGUCACCCACAAUAUGGCUGAUGAUGCUACUGACCCCAUUUUGAAUCAAAUCCGUCGUGUCCAGCUCUUUAACCAUCCCUCGGACCGUGUCAAGAUUGUCUUCCACCCUGAAUUUCUCAAUUCAAAUAACCCCAUCUUGCCCCUCGACUAUGAUGACUUUGUCCGCGGUUGCCAUAUGGGUGUUUUCCCAUCCUACUACGAACCUUGGGGUUACACUCCUGCAGAGUGCACUGUCAUGGGUGUUCCUUCCAUCACCACCAACCUUUCAGGCUUUGGCUGCUACAUGGAGGACCUCAUUGAAAAUUCUAGCGACUAUGGUAUCUACAUUGUAGAUCGUAGAAGCAAGGGUGUUGAUGACUCCAUCAACCAGCUCACUGACUACAUGUUUGACUUUACCGCCAAGUCUCGCCGUCAACGUAUCAACCAACGUAACAGAACAGAGAGACUUUCAGAUUUGCUUGACUGGAAGAGAAUGGGUCUUGAAUAUAUCAAGGCUCGCCAAUUGGCCCUCAGACGUGCUUAUCCUUCCAGCUUUGACAAUGAAGACCAGAACCCCUUCUUUGACAAUUCUUCUCACAAGAUUACUCGUCCUCUCUCUGCUCCUGGUUCUCCCAGAGAUCGUGCUGGCCUGAUGACUCCUGGUGAUUUGGGUACUCUUGGUGAAGUUUCCGAGGGUCUCAAUACUGAUGACUAUGUCGACUUUAGACUUCCUGAAGAUGAGGAAGAUGACAGUGACGCUUAUUCAUUCCCCUUGUCUUUAAGAAAGGGUUCUGUUCAAGGCCAUUCUGUUUCUGGUGGUCAAAAAUAA